AUGCCUCCCUCUUCCAUUGCUUCCAUGCCACCGGAUAAGGACAAGGACGUCCAGAGAGACAGGGAUAGCCCUUCCGCCUCCUCCAUCUUCCUCCCCCUUGGGAGAAAGGCCCGUCGAGAUUCCAGGUCAUCCUUGUCCCACGAUCUUGACCAAGAUGCCCUCAAUCACGCCCUCAACAGCAUCCACACGGCGGCAUCUCAGUCAAACCACUUGACAGUCUUCAACGACUAUACCGACCCUCCGACCGCCUCUGAGACGGAGAACAAAUCUUUAGCGAGUGAAAUACAAGGGGGCAUAUCGGGUUUAUACAACAAGUUGAGGGCGACUGUGGGCGUUUCCAAGGACGGUGAAGACCAUCAUCAAGAAACGCCCACGGCUCUCUCUUUGGUGGACGAUCGUGCCAGCUCUAAACUCAGUUCUGGUCUCACAUCCAAGGCUCAGUCACCACGCCUGACAGCCUCAGACGCCACCCUUCCAACCGAUCCAGCUCCGUCAAAGGUGUCGUCGAAGGCUACCAGCAUUACGAAACCCUCCAUUCCCUCCACUCCGGCUCUCCGCUCACCCACCGGCCCUCCACCGCCUUCUUCACACCUUGCUGACCCUUCGGUCACCUCAGUCAAUAUCCAUGCUGUUGGCUCCGCGAAUCAUUCAAGGGCAGGUUCUGCGUUCGAACUUGAUUCGCCCCACGAGCGGAGUUUGGCAGCGUCCACAGACAGCGAAAGUCUCCGUAAAGCUCUCUCCAAGCAGGGAACCGAGACCUCCUUUUCUGAGAGGGGAAACAAGCUGCUAACGUCGCCUCUUCUAAGUGCCCGGGGUGUGCCCGCCUCCCACGAUCGAGGGCUAUCAACGGCCUCAAAUCAAAGUCACUAUAGUCUUGGUGAUGGCGUGGCUAGCCCGCCCUUGCUGGCUUCGCCUCAAGCGGAGCGGUCGACCACCCGUGUGGUGGUUGCGAAUAGACAAGACAAUUCUUCGCACCAGAGGCAUAUCAAUCCCUUAGACCUCUUGGCUGAGAAUGCCGCCAACACGACGAAUACCUCCUCUUCCUCUCAAGGCAAGCCCAGCGACCCUUCUGGCCUGAAAUCACCCCUGCUGUCGACGUCGGAGCACAGACCCUCCGAGAAGCUUACCCCCAAGAUUAGCCAGUCAAGAUUGCCAGGUUUCUACGCCUCGCGGACAACUUCAUCGGAAUCAUCAGUCUCGGCUGGCCUGUUACGUGCAAAUCUUAACCAUGCCGAUGACGAUAGGCGUAGUAUCGUCAUAAAUCGCACCCCUCAAGCAAGACCGCUAAGCAAACUGCGCAGCAAGUUGCUGAGCAAGGAAUUUUGGAUGCGAGAUGAGAAUGCGAAAGAUUGCUUCCAUUGCGGCGAGCAGUUCACGACAUUCCGGCGAAAGCACCACUGUCGCACGUGCGGCCAGAUUUUUGACAGUAAAUGCACGGUUCUCAUCAGUGGAAGCCAUUUUGGGUCCAACAGUGCCGUCCGAGUCUGCAAACCGUGCGAGUCGAUAAUCACUUCCCACGAUGACGACUCUUCUGAUUAUUCGGCCGAAGAUCUGGCUUUGACGGAGUCGACUGCUCGGCCACGGACCCCUGAACCCGCUCUUUUUACCCGCGGCCUCUCCCGAUUCGAGGAUGACAAUACUUCGGUCACCUCGCAGUCCCUCGAACAAAUGGCCAGGACGCCCACAAUGAGCUUUCCAGUGCGACGAGCUUUCGACGGUGCCAACCGCAACUCCGCAGUGCUAGAAUUCGAUACAACCGACCGACCACUCCCUCGACCGAGCUCUUCCAGGUCGUUGAAAGCAACUCAUUCGAUUGGUCACGGCCACAAGAGGCACCACUCCAAGCACCAACACAUUCGCAAUUACAAGGCCUACCAUGAGGACAGAGCACCUUUCCAACGUCGUGCUGCCGACGACGGACUCAAGGCUGGCAAAUCUUCAGCUUUCCACCGGGAUAGCAUCAUUGACCCUGACCUUGCACAAUAUCUUUCGGAUGAUCCUUCGAGCGAGGAAGACCAAUCAAUCAACGAAGCCCUGAACCAAGAUAAAUUGUCCCGUAGCGAACCUGACAGCGACAAGAGCGCGAUAGGCGGUCUUUUGGCGGCCGUACGCAAGGGCCGUUCUCGCCUUGGGGAUCGGAGCAUCGCUGGAUUUCUCAACCUGGGAAAAGAAGCGGACGAAGCUAGUGUCCUAAGUUCGCGCAACGUCGAGGCACUUAGAGGUUCUCGGAAGCGAAACCUUAGCGUUUCAAGCAGUAUCCAUCGCGGAACACCAAGAACAACCAGAGAGCGCCUGCAGCUCAUCAUCCCCGGAAAUCAAGAUGAUCUGCAGGACAGUCUAGGAGACUCAGCGAGCAUCUACCGUGGCCAUUCGAGGAUGAUCCGAAGUGCGUCUAUGCACGGGGUGGCUGCGCCAGCCAUGGAACUUAAUCGCGCCAGUAUUCAACAUGUGCAUAAAAUGCUUCAACAGCUCCUCAAAGAUGCGGAUAUACCCAAGGUCCAAAGUUGGGAGGACGCUCUCAUUCCGAUCUUGCUCAAAGCGACCGACGACGUCGACCCAGAUGUUCAGGGCGGAGAUGACAUAGACAUUCGAAACUAUGUAAAGCUCAAAAAGAUUCCCGGCGGCAAACCGGGUGACACUGCAUACAUCUCUGGCUUGAUCUUCACGAAAAACGUGGCCUUGAAGAGUAUGGCUCGGUCCCACACCAAUCCCAAGAUCUUAAUCAUCACCUUCGCGCUCGAAUAUGCCAGACACGAGCAGCAUUUUAUGAGUUUGGAUCCGGUAAUCAGACAAGAAAAGGAGUAUCUUGCCAAUCUUGUUGGCCGCAUCGCCGCGUUGAAGCCAGAUGUCCUGUUGGCUCAGCGCAACAUAUCUGGGCUCGCUCUUGAACUCCUUGAAAAGGCAAACAUCACGACUAUUUUCAAUGUAAAGUCGUCAGUUCUCGAAGCUGUAUCACGCUGCACGGAGGCUCGCGUCGUCCAUUCUAUGGACAAACUGACCUCCUUGUCAGAUCCGUUUGGUCGCUGCGACUCCUUUGAAGUGAAGACUUUCGUGGCCGAUGGGCGAAGGAAAACCUACGUCUAUCUCUCGGGUUGCCCCCCUCAGCUUGGGUGUACAAUUGCACUCAGAGGCGCCGACCGACCGACCUUGUCCAAAAUCAAACGUGUCACCGAAUUUAUGGUGUACGUGGUCUAUAAUUUGAAGCUGGAGACCUGUUUGAUGAGAGAUGAAUUUGCCUUGAUACCUAGCGCACCUACUGCUAACACCUCUGAAACAACGGUCAACGGCCAACCGAAAACUGCGGCAAAUGAGAACGAAGGGACAUCGCAAGAUGCUAAUGGGCACACGGAAAAAGGCGACAGCAAUGCCGUCGAAUCUGGCGACGUCUCGAACGCAGAAAUCAUUGCGUUGGAAAAGGAAGUCCGUUUUGCUCAGGCAGUCAGGACGGAUAGUGCAGAUUCGGCGCCCAUACCAGAUGACAUUCCUGUCCCUACGUUUUAUGAAGACCUGGUCCUUAAGCAUGAAACCCGCAUCCUUUCGGCCUCGCCAUUCGUCAAAUUCAUGCAGCCAUAUCUUCUGAUGCGUGCGAGAGAGUUGGAGAGACGCGUGGCGUUUCUCAGGCGCCUCCGAGAUCAGGAUCUUUCUGCUGAACAGACGAUGGAAGAUAAGGGCAAGACUUCCAAGUUCACCUUGAUUCAGCCUGAGAUGGUUCAUAGACAUCUCGCCGGGGCCAGCAAGAAGGUUCGGGAGAUCAUUCAUGCGGUACACGACGCCGAGUACGACAAGGCAGUCUACAACUACGAGAGCCAAAAAAAGCAAUGGGAAACCUAUCUCUCAGGGAACCGCAAUCUCUUUGACCCUUUUGCUCACCAGAACAUUGUCGUUUUGUUCAGCCUAGUUUCCACAGAGACGUCUGUUCCUUGCUCCGGCCCGGAUCUCCUUGCCUUUAGCUUCUACAACGAACACGAGACCGAAGCUGAGUUCGAGGCAGAUUGUACUCUGGGGCAAUACGUUGAGGAUUUAUGUUACCGGGCCAAUGACAUUUGCCCUUCCGACGCCUGCGAAAAGAAAAUGCACGAACAUCAUCGACAGUACGUCCAUGGCGAAGCGCAGAUCACUGUCUUCGUACAACCCUAUCCAUCUAAGAUGCGUGGCUUCCAGGAUGUGAUUUUAAUGUGGAGCCAGUGCAAGGUCUGUGGUGUAGAGACCACUGUGACCCCAAUGUCCACAAGCACUUGGAAAUAUUCAUUUGGAAAGUAUCUGGAACUCUCAUUCUGGAGCGCAGAUCUCCAUGCUCGGGCUGGUAUUUGCCCGCAUGAUCUGCAUAGAGAUCAUUUCCGAUACUUUGGAUAUAAGGAUUUUGCCCUUCGAGUGCACUACGACCCGAUCGACCUCCUCGAGAUUAUUGUGCCACGGAUGAGGCUGACCUGGAAAAUCGACAACGACCUGAGGUUUCGCAAUGAUUUCUAUACACGCUUAGAACAUCGCAUCACGAAAUUUAUGGUAUCUGUCAAGCUUCGUCUGAAGAACAUCAAUGCAGAGGCAGUCUUGCCUGAAAUGGCUGACGCAUGUCGGGCGGAGAUCGAACGGUUGAUGAAGAAAGCAAAUGAAGAACACGCAAGCCUCAUCAAACAACUUCAGGAACGAUAUACAAACACGAGGUAUUGGGAGACAAUCCCACUCAAUGCUGUUUUGCGGGCUACGCAAGAGAAAGUGUCCGAAUGGGACGAUUCGUUUGCAGAUUUCGAAAGAAAUUACUUCCCCUCGGAGACGGAUAUUCACCGACUUGCAACCCUACAACUUAAGAAGAUCUUUCUCGACCGCGAUGUCUCGGUGGCGUCUUUAAAGUCCGAUGACGAAGGGACGACGACCCCCCCAGCAGAGGAGGUCACUGACGAGAAGGGGGAGGUUGGAGAGACACCAACAGAGGGGCGGCGGCCCAGUAAGCUUUCGCCUGAGAAAACGCAGAGCUUUCUGCAAAGCGUCCUUGAGGAGCACGCUACGACCCCGGCGGAGGAGAUCGGCAUUUCAGCAGUGCCAGAGAUCACCAAGUCCGAUGUGCAGAGCCUGCCUUCCGUUUUGGACGGUCCUCGUAACGUUGAAGAUGUGAAGCACCUUGAUCUGGCGAUAGCGUCCCCAGCUCAACAGCCAGUCCUUGUUCCGGAAGAUAUGCCUUCACCGAAGUCAUUGACUUCCACCGUGGAUCCCACACGCGAUGACAAGCCACCUCAAGCCACGAUCAGCAGUCCCGACCGUGACAAAGUUGAAGUUUCCCCGGACACCCCAGAGAUUGUUAUCUCCGCUCAGCCGACUCAGCCAAUAGAUACGCCGCAGCCCGGCGUCCACGGUGCCUCUCCAACCACUGUUCUACGGAGGCGCAUUGAUGGAAAAUCUUCACCAGGGCUCACUCGAGCUCACUCGCAGCCUGCUGGCGCUGUCACCCUUCGCUCAACAGCCGCUCAGGCGAACUCGAGUACUUUGUCGGCUGUCAAUGCGAUAAACGGCUUUCCUAAGCAGAGUCCCGCAUUAUCCGCUCACAGCGGCGAUACCGAUCUCAGCAUCCCGGACAAAAAACUCUCUGAGCGACUGGGCUUUUCACAUCUGAAGAAUAAGACCUUUUCCAAAAGCCAGUCGCUGAUCCCCCGAGCUGUCACAAAUCGUAAAGAGUCUAGGGUCUCCAACCUUGCCAAACACUUCGAGCAGCUCAGUCGCGAGUUCGAGAGAGAGCGGAUCCGUGAGAGAAGAUUACGCAAUGCAAGGAAUAUGCAGUCGAGGGUGUAUCCUCUGGCAGCGUCGAAACCCAUUGUGGAGGUAUUCAAGGACGUCGAUGUGGCUGUAGAUGAACGUGGUGAUUCCGACGAUAUCUUUGACAAGGAUGACGAACCUCCAGUGGAGACGGAGAAGAGCUCGACCACCGCCGAAGGCAUGGCCAAGAUUGGCCAGCCGGAGCCGGACGAGGGGGAGCUCCAUGUCGAAGAACCGGCCACCGACACCGCGGAGAACGAGACCGACGUCCCUUCUUCGAGCCAUGCACCUUCGGAAGCAGAGGAACAGAGUGAUGUUGAUGAAGCGGAGGAGGAGAUCUUUCUUCCGGAUUCGCCUGAAGAUCUAAUGCGGAUGUCCCAAGACGACAUUGACCUCAAGGAGCUUCCGAAGCAUGAGCGGACCUCGUUGAUGAAGAUGCUCACCAACUUCUGGGCUGAACGGUCCUCGAGCGGUUGGACCAACCUCGAAUAUCCUCUGGGGGGAUCUGAGCACAUCUUCGCCGAUUGCGACAUCGUCGUGCGUGAGGACGAGCCAAGUUCCAUCAUUGCCUUCGCGUUAGAUUCGCAUGAUUAUACGACGAUGCUUCAGAACAUGCAGAACCGCCCCCCACAAGAGGAGUUAGCCCAUGAUUUUCCUGGACAUGACCAUACUGACGACUUGCAAACCGAAGUUAUGCACUCGCUCCUUCGCAAGACUGGGACGCAUCUCAAAUACCAGUUCCAAGAAGGGCCAGCCAAGAUGCUCUGUAAGAUCUUCUUCGCGGAGCAAUUCGAUGCCGUGCGCCGGAAAUGCGGCGUCGCGGACCGAUUUGUCGAAUCACUCUCCCGAUGCCUCAAGUGGGAUUCCAAGGGUGGCAAGACCAGGUCUCUAUUCUUGAAAACCCUCGAUGAUCGGUUCAUCUUGAAGUCACUGUCUCCGAUCGAAACGCAGUCUUUUCUCAAGUUCGCGCCAAACUACUUCCAGAUCAUGUCGGAGGCCUUCUUCCACGAGCUGCCCUCGGUGAUCGCGAAGAUGUUUGGAUUCUACCAGAUCAUUGUUAAAAAUUCCGCUACGGGUUUGGAGUACAACUGGUUCCUCCUGGUGAUGGAAAACCUGUUUUAUGACCGCGUCCCUACCCGCAUCUUUGACUUGAAGGGAAGCAUGCGUAACCGCAAGAUGAAUGCCACAGGUGAGAAGGGCGAAGUUUUGCUGGACGAGAACAUGGUCGAAUUCAUCUACGAAUCGCCUUUGUUUGCUCGCGAACACAGCAAGAAACUUUUGAGGUCGUCUGUCCACAAUGACACCUUAUUCCUUGCGCGCCAAAAUGUCAUGGACUAUUCGCUCAUGGUGGCGAUCGACGAGAAUCGGAAAGAGCUCGUUGUGGGUAUCAUUGAUUGUAUACGCACUUAUACCUGGGACAAGAAACUCGAAAGCUGGAUCAAAGAUCGUGGCCUUGUCCCAGUCCGUGGGGGAAACAAGAACAGACCGACCGUUACAUCCCCCCGGGAAUAUAAACGAAGGUUUCGAGAGGCGAUGAAUCGAUAUGUCCUGGAGGCGCCUGAUUGCUGGCAUCAAUUCAAACCGGUGCGGGUGGAGAGGAGAUUGUUGGAAGGCAGAGGUGAGAAGGAUGUCGGUGGAGCAGAUGUCGGACGGGAUCAGGAUGGAGAGAAGGACAACGAAGUCCAGCUUUUCUCUUGA